CGGAUGUUCCACAAUCAAGUGCCAAAACCGGCACUUGAUUCAAACAUGACCACCGACGAUGGACCGGCAGUGGCGAGCGUCGCGUUCAUCAAGCGCCUGUGUGAGUGCAAGUGCCCGCUCUUCACCAAGAAGUACCUGAGGCCCCACCGUACGAAUGGCUCCAAGGUCCUCCGGUGCUUCCCGCACUGCUGUCCACAACACACCGAGUCGCCGUUUUGCGUGUCGUCGCUUGGCGUGCGUGUGGCGGGGUCGGUCGAUUUCCUGCAGCACUGCAUCGUCCUGUUGCAUUUUGAAGCGUCGUACGAACGUCCGAUUGUGUGCGGCGAUCUCAUGGACGAACACGCGAUCGAGAUCGCCUUGCGCACAGAAACCAAUCCCCGUGGCGAGUGGAUCCCGACUCAAGUGGUCGCGGUUGAGGACGAUCACGUCGUGUACGAGUACAAUGCCGAGGCCGAAAGCGGGUGGAACUACAGGUGGCUUGGCGGGUCCUCGACGCAACAGCGGCGCUGCUGGCACUGCAUCAAGGUGACGGUCGUUCGAGACACCCUGGCUUCUUACCUUGGACCUGUCGUGCAGGCGUACGUGCUGACUCGCGUACAGCGCGCGACCGGUCCGUCCCACCUCCGAGUCAUUGCAAUCGUCCAGUCGCCUCCGUUUGUCGUCAUGUCGUACCGUCGGGCAUGCAAGUCGUGCCAGAAAAAGUCGACGGCGGACCCGGUCUUGUCUGCAACGAGUCGGGAAGCGUGCGAAUGUGAAGGCAUGUAUCGGCUCAGCGACAGCCACUUGGACGAAAUCAUUUCGACGGGGGCGACACGGAUGACGAUAUUGCCCGACUUGGAUGCUGCCUCGCCGAGGGUGGCCACCAUGGGCGAUGCGUCCGAUCCAGCCGUCAUGGAGCGCCACCUCGGGCUGCUGUACGCUGCCUUGACAAAUUGCACGAUCAACGUGACCACCGAUGCCGCGUUGAUUCAAUUCGGUCUGCAACGUUGUCGAGCUUGUGGAAUCUCGAACGCUCAGUCAUUGCCGCAGCCCCCCGACAUGAACACGAGAAUAUUGUUGGCGUUGCUGCGUGGCCGAGCUACAUCGGAGGAGUUUCUACGGCGCCAUGCACAUUCAAUCUUGGACCAGGACGAAUUGUUUCGAUUGUACGAGCAGUGGAUUGCUCAAGUAUACGCCAACGUGUGCGCCGUCGUGGCUGACACGCAGACGAGUGUUGCCGACUUCUUCGAAUCCCUCGCGGCGGCAGCAGCAGCAGCACCGACUCCAUCACACGCCUCGCCAGAGGCUGCAGCCACCAUCUCCUCCAAUGGAUUCGAAGCCUUUGUUGCACAGCUGCGAGAAGUAUACUUGGUACAUGACCGCCCGUCGGUCCACCUGUCCACCCGUAAAGCAUCAUGUUUGUUCUUGCCAUGUAGGCUCUGGAUUAUGCAGCGCCAAAGCCGCUCUCGCCUUCGGCAGAGCUCGAUGGCACGUGGCGCUUCGAUGCCUCGGCAUUUCACAUCACAUCGACAGGAUGGACGGCUAGUCUUUUAACUGUGGCACGGAGUCUGAGCAUGGGGCUCGGGCUUUCCAUCGUUCUCUCGUCAACAUCUCUCUUUGUGCGGUCCGAGCUCGCGCUGUUUUCCACGAUCUGGUCGGAAUUUAUCCUGGACAACACUGCCCGCGUGCUCCAAGUCUUUCCCAACGGCGAAUCCACCAUGUCCACAUGUGCCGAUCUGAUGUACGGAGACUAUGUGGGGUCGCGGCCACAAACAAAUCAAGUUCGGCUCGACCUGUUUUGCUGGCCGCUCGAACACACCAAGCACCGAACGUGCUAUGGAAUCCGCCUCGUGUUUCAAGCCGAGGCGUCGAGCCGAUUGCACGGCCAAGUGGAAGUCCAGGUCGCGCACAACGUCGUCGAGCAAAAUACGUGGAACAUGACAGCAGCACAAAGGAUGGAUGUGCUGCAUCGGUACGAACUCACCACGAUCGCGCGAAUUGCGGUCGGGUACACUACUGCACCGUCGGGAUAGUCUUGUCACCCAAGAUCAACAUGAUAUCUUUGACACGUUUGCGUUGGCGAGCACGGAGGCGCUCGCGUGAGAGCUGGUGGCCGCGACGAAUUUGAUCGUUCGUGCAAGCGCGUAUCGGUGCAUGCUAUGGCUCAGCCCUGUCGUGUUUCGAUGCGGUUGCAUAUUCUCGAGAAAAUAUGACGUUGACAUG